GAGGCUCAAGUCAAGAAUAGAGGUGGGAUACUGGUCCUUAUACCUCGACAGGCAGAGAUCCUUGUCCAGCCAGCCUAGCCUAGCCAGCCUGGCCGUCGCUGACGAAUAGAGGACUCAAUACACCUGCUGAGAGGAGGGUGCACCUGAUCGGAGGAAUGCUAUCCGUCGUGCCACGCCGGCGUCCAACAGUAUGCAGCUCCCCGCAGUCGGGCCCUGGCAGCCACCUCGCAUCGCAUCGCUUCUACCACGGAGACGUCGGCAUGUCAGCUGGGGGUCAAUGUGUCUCACCUCCAGGCUCACCUCCGAUAUCAGCCGAGGCUUCCAUCCGCUCCCAUUCCCCUUCCUUGCCAUCAUACGCUUCCCUGCUCCCACCACCUCCGCAACAAGUCCAUGCUCAGCACUACUUGCCCAUCAUGCUCUCAACAUCAUAUGGCUUCAUGCAGACUGCUAGCCCCUCGACGCCAGCCGGCAGUCCAGUCGCCUCACUUACCACCCCCAGAGCCAAUCCAAAUGGCUCCAGAAGUCCUACCCCUACCCCUUCGCCUACGUCCUUCUUAAUCCCUCACUCCUCCAAAAGCGGCAAGACGAGCGGGAGUAGCAGCAAGCACUUUAAUGCGAGCUUGCACAUUCACGAGUCCACCUCAAAACAGAUUCUCAAAAAGAUGAGCUCCGUAUCUCGCCUCAGAAGCCGUCAAGCAGCAACCGUCUCCACCGAGGGCAGUGUAGGCACCAACAGUACCUUCUCCACAUCCACGGCACCUUCUAUGCCAUCCUCACCUACCACAGCUGCCCAUGUGCAAUCCCUGCCCCGUCAUCAGGACCCCUCACCACCUAGCCGUCGACAUAGCGGCAGUUCCGAUUUAUGGGGCAGUCCACUAGAUGCCGAGGCCGUCGCGCUCGGCUUAGUAGCACCUCACCUACCUGACAGUCUGCCCACAACACCGAGGACGCCCCUGGCAAUGGGAUCCGUCUCACACGCUGCUAAGACGCAUUCGCCAAAGAUGCCCUUUCGACGGUUGCUCAAGGCGCCAUCAGGCUUCAAGCUCCAUCAUCCCUUCCAGCACAGGCAUACGCAGAGCAUCGAAGAGCACAUGGACGACAGCUUCGACCAGAGGCGUCGUCCAUUUGAUCUCAAUACCUACCCAGCGCUCUGGAGCCAAGCUGACGAGGCAAACGUCCUCAACACCCGAUCUUCUAACGCUUCUAAGCGUCCCCUGCCUCAUCGAGGCACUUCGGAAGAUCAAGGAAGAGACCGCCCCUCUUCAAGCCCUUCGGUCUCAAGCAGCCUCCUGGUACAUGGCAAGGAUCACCUCCUACAACCACCGCUUAUGCUCAGGAGCCAGUCCCACUCUGUCUUCAGAGAGGAGCAGCGGCAGUCUCCGCGAGACCGGCGCGUAACGAGGCCCCACUGGGCUACUAACGAGAUUCACAGCCCACCUCGGGCCACGACUAAGACUGAUCAAGGCGCUCGAGUCCCCCAAACCCUUGCGCCUUCUAUGCUGCCUUUCAGUACAUCACUCGAUGGCGAUGUAGUCGAAGAUUGCCGCCCGCAGUCUGAGCACGAGACCUUAGAUCACUUGUUCACCUCUCCCGCAUCAAGUCACACAUGGCUAGCCGCUCAGGGCUUGAUGUUCUCCUCUCCCAACACAAUUUGCCCAAGGAAGUCUACUGAAGGCAGAAAAGGAUUCAAAGCGGUCAAGCAAAAGAGAGGCAGGGGGAGGUCGAUUGCUCUGCCUCCUCCUCUGGCCCCGCCAACAGGGCCUUUGCCUCCUCUACCUUCGGCAAAUCAGGCAACUCCCCCAUCGUUUUCAUUGAUCCAUGCACCUUCCCGCUCAGAUAUUCAAGGUCGUGAGAUGCCAGACUCGGACCUGAUGACCGCAUCACUUCCCUCUUCGCCUGUGAAACGCCACACACGUAGACAAGCACACGAAGAGCGCACAGUGCCUUGGAUCAGUCAGGCACCUUCAGCUUGGAUGGCCAGAGGCAAUGGUCGACGUAGUCACAGGGUUGCUUUCACUGGCAGCAAGGCAUCUCCGAGUAGGGAAAGCAACCUCGCGAGUGACCUGCCAAGGACUCCCGCUCCACCGUCCAUGUCCUUAAAGAGCGCUGAUAUGAGGCAGACUCGCAGCGCAAUGACUAGCUUCGCCAGUCAGAUCAUGCAGAGGUCUGCUUCUCUACCUGAACCUCGGCUUUGCUUCGUUGAGACGGUCAAUGACGUCUUCUUCGAUGGUAGUCAUAUAGACGACGACGAUGCUGAGCAAUGUCAGACGCCUACUUCUGGCUCCUACGCUACCGUGCCGCACUCGCUGCAAUCAUCUAGGCACUCACCCCUGAAAUCAGCUGCCGAUGUUGCGAGCGGUGUCACCGAUGGUCGAUCAACCCCAGCUAUACCUAGGCGAUCAGGCUCGCUCGUUGCCUUGUCUGACGCGUAUGAGGCUCAAGCUCUGGACGACGAGGGAAAUGCUACACAAGAGACGGUGGGUCUUUCCUCGCUUUCGUCGAGCCCUAGCUCCAAAGGAUUGAACACCACUGUCUCUACGCUGGAACCCUCUUCGGAAGACUCUGAGUUGUCCUACCUGCCGCCGCCAACCUCGCCCUUUAUGCCACGCUCGCUCACCACUGACACACCUUCUCUGUCAAUGCUUGGAAGCGACACGUUCAGGGACAAGGAGAGGAGCAAGCCGAAGAUCGAGGUCACCUUUGGAGACACACUUGUUGAGAGCAAAGAGACGAUAGCGGGGAGCUCUAGCCCUGGUGAAGCGAACGAUUCCAUUUCCUCUCGAGACAGCAGCAUGUGGGAAAGGGAGAAGAUCAAGCCUGUGGAGCUGGACGAAAGCUUUGUAGGCAGGGGCAGGUCGGUCAGUCAUACCUGGGAUCCUGAGACAGAGCAAAUCGUCAUGAAUUAUCUGAACCUAAGCAGUCGCAAGAGAUCCGGCUCAUCUGUCGCUGGUAGCACGCCUUGACGGCAGGAAGAUUGAGAGCUACGCUCUUCUCAAGGAAUCCUCACGUCUAGAAGGGAGGAU